ACUUGCUGGCUCUCGACGUGUCGUUCCCCAGAAGCCGUUCUUCACGAUCCAUCCGGUAAUGCUCAUCUCAACUGAAUUUUCGAUGCUCAAAGUUCUCUCCAUUCUCUAGUUUAUAAUUCAUCGUAUAAAUUUGGAUUCUUGUUCGAAUUUUCCGUGUCAGAUUUGCGUGGUGCCGAGUUAUUAUUCCUCAAAUUCGAUAACCGGGUUGCAUUCUAGGAAAUGAAUUUUUUUGUUUCAUUUGUCUGAGUUCAAUUCCUGAAUUUAUAAUCGUAACAUUAUUAAAGUUUUCCAUUCUCAGUCAGAUUCAUGCAAAACUGUAAGAUCGAAACAGCUUAAACUCCCGGUUGUUAAAAUUUAUGGAUCUCACUGUUUAAUGUUUCAGUUCACAACUAUGUUGCAAUGUGUAGCUGUCUAACUGAUGAUGAUACUCACGAGCUUCAUAAUAAACCAAAGUUGCAGUGAAUUAAUUAGAUGGACGAAGGCACUUCUGGUUCACGGAGAACGCGGUCUCAGGUUGCUCCGGACUGGACUGUGAAAGACUGUCUGAUUCUUGUGAACGAGAUCGCUGCGGUUGAAGCGGAUUGUUCGAAUGCUUUAUCCAGCUUCCAGAAAUGGACAAUCAUCUCAGAGAACUGUAACGCUUUGGAUGUGCACAGGACUCUGAACCAGUGCAGGAGGAAAUGGGAUUCGUUGGUGUCUGAUUACAAUCAGAUCAAGAAGUGGGAGUCUCAGGGCCGAGGCGGUGGCCAUUCGUAUUGGUCCCUGAGUACUGAGAAGAGGAAGAAGUUGAAUCUCCCAGGGAAUAUCGAUAACGAGCUUUUUGAAGCCAUCAAUGCUGUUGUGAUGCUCCAAGAGGACAAAGCCGGGACUGAACCUGAUAGUGACCCGGAAGCGCAAGAAGGCUAUGACGUUCUUGAUGUCUCUGCGGAAUUAGCAUUUGUAGGAUCAAAAAGGUCAAGACAGCGAACCUUGCUCGUCAUGAAGGAGAAUCCGCCACAUAAGACAAAGACGGACGCGGAGCCACGGAGGAACCGAGUUCUGGAUAAAACUAAGGAGCAACGUGCAAAAGCAACCAAUCAGAAGAAACCCAUGGAAGAGAAGAAGCCGGUGGAAGAAAUCUCCACUGGUGAAGGAGAGGAGGAUACGAUGAGCAUAGAAGAGGAGGAAACGAUGAACAUAGAAAAGGAGGUCGAAGCGAUGGAAGCGAAGCUAGGAGAGAAAGCUGACUUGAUACAUGCAAUAGUCGGAAGAAAUCUAGCCAAGGGUAGUGAAACAGGGGAUGAUAUUAGCAUUAGCGACAAAAUGAAGUUUGUGAGACAGCAAGGAGAGGAACUAAUCGUUUGUUUGAGUGAAAUUGUUAAUACCCUUAAUAAGCUCCGUGAAGUUCCACAAGAAAUAGAAUAACUUUCAGCUGUAAAUGUGAAGGCAUUUUCUUCGUUGGAGUUU